AUGAAGGCGCUCUGUAGUUUGAGCACAACAACCAACGUACUACAACAGCCCAACCUUCUCCCCCAGCAGGCACGCGAAGCGGCCUCUCGUUUGGCUCUCCAGUCCACCCCUCCAGCAUCCUCGCUCUCUCUCCUCACCGCCAGCGCCAGUGCCGCCGUUUCCACGUCCCCCACCUCCUCCUCUUCGGCACCGCAUUUCUCUUCACCCUCCCUUAGCCUCUGUCAGCCCGUCUCUUCAUCCUCACUUCCUACUCCGACUACAUUUCUGCCGCAUCCCUAG